AUGCCGCCAGGAGGUAGAAGUCAACCAAGUGGAUGUGAUAAUAGGAAGAAAAAAGACAAACGGGAUGAAGUGAUGAAAUCUCAAAUUGGCAAUAUGUUAAGGUACGUUACAAGAACUCCAAUUCCUAGAACUGAUGAGACUGCUAGACCUGAGGCUGAGAUAGGUAAAGAAGAUGAAGGGCUUAAUAAUAUGGAAGAGAAUGCAGAUGAGAAGAGUAUGAAUGAGAACAAGGAUAAAACAGAGCUUAAUAUUGUAGUUGAGGAUGAUGAAGAUCAUAUGAAUGAGAACAGGGAUAAAACGUUUCAGAGUGAAAACCAGAAAGAAGAUGAUAGAGUUGAUGAGAUUAGAGUGUUUUAUGAGAAUGUGGAUAUGACUGAUCCUGCAAAUUGGGAGAAUAUUGAUCAAAAAAUGAGAGAUUAUUUGGUUGAGAAAGGACCACCUCCAAAACCAAGAGCUGAUUACCGUUUUCCCAGAAAUAACGUUGAUAGAUGUUUCACUUAUUCAUCUUAUAUAAGAAGAAUGACUAAUGGAGAGAAACAAGUUAGAAGAUGGAUGAUUGGAGGUUUUGAUUCAGUAAUGAAGGAACACAUACGACGUGCUAAGAAAGGUGAAAUUCAGAGCCAUUUUCUCAGUCAUCAGAUUCAAAAUGAGUUGAUAGAAUUAAUUGCUAAUGAGAUCAAGCUCAUGAUCUUAAAGAAGAUUCAGAAUGCAAAGUACUUUUCUAUCAUUCUUGAUUCCACUCCGGAUGUUAGUCGUAAAGAACAAAUGACCUUUUUAAUUCGAUGUGUGGAUGUUUCAACGAGUUCACCUAAGAUUGAGGAGUUCUUCUUGACGUUUUUGGAAAUCAAAGAUAAGAGGGGUGAGGGACUUUUUAAGACUCUUCAAGAUGCAUUGAUUGAUCUGAAGUUGGAUAUCAAUGAUGUAAGAGGACAAGGAUAUGACAAUGGACAAAAUAUGAAGGGAAAACAUAGAGGAGUUCAGAAAAGGUUGCUUGAUAUAAAUCCAAGGGCAUUUUACACUCCAUGUGGAUGCCAUAGUCUUAAUCUUGCACUUUGUGAUAUGGCUAAAUCAUCUAAGAAAGCUGUUUAUUUUUUUGGCAUUGUUCAGCGAAUAUAUUGUCUAUUUGCAGCUUCAACCAACAAUUGGGAAGUGUUCAGAGAAAUAGUGAAUGGUAUUACACUUAAAUCGCUGUCUCAGACGCGUUGGGAAAGUCGGAUUGACAGUCUUAAACCAAUAAGAUUUCAAGCUUCAAAGAUAAGAGAUGCACUAUUUUAUUUGGCAGAACAUAGUGAUAAUCUAGGACACCGAAGUGAGGCUGCGUCUCUUGGAGAGAGUGAAAAACAUGGAAUUGGAGGGUUUGAAUUUUUAUUUGGAAUGGUAAUUUGGUAUGAUUUGCUUUUUGCUGUGAAUAUAGUAAGCAAAUCCUUACAGUUAGAGGAUAUGGAUCUUGUGGCUGCUAUUUUUCAGUUAGGGGGGCUUAUUGCUUUUUUGAAAGACUAUAGGGAAACAGGUUUCGAGAAAGCUAAAGUUGAAGCUACACAAAUUGCCAUUGAGAUGGAGAUUGAGCCUGUCUUCCCUACAAAAGCAAAGCGUUUGGUGAAAAAAAAAAGGAAAUUUGGUGAGGAUGUUGAGAACGUUGAUGAAAGUAAGACUGCAGAGGAGAGUUUUAGAAUUGAUUACUUCAUCAACAUAAUGGAUCAAGCUAUUACGUCUCUUGAGAGACUAAAGUUAGCAAAAGAUGAUGAGUUAAAGAAAUCAUGUAUGAUGCUGGAAGCUUCCUUGAAGCAUGAUAUGCAUUCAGAUAUAGAUGGAGAAGAUCUGUUUAUGGAGCUGAAACUUUUAAGGGAUGUGUUGCCAAAAGAGAUUACAAAACCGGUUGAAGUGUUGGAAUUUUUGAAAAGAAUGGAUGGUUGUUAUCCGAACACAUGGAUUGCCUAUCGUAUAUUACUCACCAUUCCGAUCCCUAAAACAUUGGCGUCGGUUGAUGCUCUAGAGAAGUUUACCUAA